UAAAGUCAUUUGCUGGCGUACUCUGAGGCAGAGUUUGAUACAAGAGAGAGAAUCUAGAGAGAGAAAGCGAGUGUGUCUCUGUGUGGACGGAGAGACAGAGAGAGACAGAGAGCUCACAGAGGUGGAGUGUAGAGUUCGUUUCAGUCAUGUUCCAGCCCAACAAUCAGCUUUCAAUUCAUACAAAGCCAUUGGCUAUCCAAGAUUCAACAGCAUUGGUGCCUGUGGAUCAGAAUGAUUCAAUUGCAAUGGAUGGAACACAAAAUGGAGCAUUUUGUAAGGCAGAAUCAGCUGUCUAUAAUUCUAAGAAACUUCAGGAUGAUCUAAAGAUGCUAGGUCUAAAAAUAAAACGCCAUGAAGACAAUAUCAAAUCUUUGAAAACUAAGAAGAAUAAGGUGGAUGACGCCAUUCUAGAUAAGCAAGUUAGUCUUGGCAAGUAUCAUUCAUCCAGUGUGCCUAAGACCGAAAAUGAGGAUCUUUCCCACAUAAAGAGUGAGGAAGAAACGGUUGAACAUAUUAUAAAACAUGAGAAAUCUGCAGCUGGCAUUUUGUUCCAGUUAAAAACUCGUCUUGGUUCUCAGCCGUAUAAUCUUCCGUUGACCAAGGAUGUGCUUGGUAUUGUUGCUACACUUGGCAAAGUAGAUGAUGAAAACCUUAGCAGGCUUCUCUCGGAGUACUUGGGGAUGGGAAAAAUGUUGACAGUUGUUUGCAAAACUUAUGAUGGCGUUAAAGCCCUGGAAACAUAUGACAAGGAAGGCUCUAUAAAUAAAAGUUCUGGUCUUCAUGGGCUUGGAGCUUCUAUUGGAAGGCCUUUGGAUGGCCGAUUUGGUGUAAUUUGCCUUGAUACUUUAACACCAUAUGUCGGCGAGUUUGUUGCUGAUGACCCACAAAGGAGGCUUGAUCUUCUAAAACCAAGAUUACCUGGUGGGGAAUCUCCACCUGGCUUUGUUGGGUUUGCCGUGAAUCUGAUAAAUGUUGAUGCAAUGCACUUAUACUGUCUAACAACAAAUGGGCAUGGCCUCAGGGAGACUCUUUUCUAUUUUCUUUUCUCUCGUCUGCAAGUGUACAGAACAAGGGAAGACAUGCUACGGGCUCUCCCUUUUUUAAGUGAUGGAGCUCUAUCUUUGGACGGAGGGAUGAUUAGGAGUGGUAUUUUUCAACUUGGCUAUCGGGAAGACGUGGAUGUGAAAUUCCCAAAAAGCUCCGGGACGUCAAAUAUACCUAUGGACUAUUAUGAAACUGAAAAUCAGCUAAAGGAGAUGAAAUGGGAAGUGGAAAGAUUGCUGGAAGAUAUACAGAGAGAGCAAGCAUUAUUGGACCAUGCAAAGUUCAAUUUUGGAAUAAAGAAGCAAGAGUUUGUAAAGUUCCUGGCAGACAGUUCACGAUAUGCAACUCAGCGUUAGUUCAGAAAGGGCGUGAUAGAUUCACCGGAGAUGAUAGCUGCUUUGAAGAACCAAGUAUUGAAGAUUUUAUAAAGUCGAGGAGAAUUCUUCCUCAGACUCAGAAAAAGGAAUGUGUUUUCCGAGUUCAGUCUGGAGGAAUUUCUUCUUCAAAUUCAGGUUCAGCAGAUGCAAAAUCAGUGAUCCUAGUUUUGCUUGUGGGUAAAAUUAACCACACAUGGUGUCCCGUGAGGACAGAACUGUACUGGAAUAACUGAAAUCGAGCAUCGAACACUUGCACGUGCAACAUGCUGGUUAUUUGUACAGCAGAUGCUGUUGAUGUUGCAUCUUUUUCCUAAUGCUUGUACUUGUGUAGUUGUAUGUGGGCCUUUGACCAUCUUAACGGAGUCUUUUUAGUUUAUAUCUGCUGAUCUGCACCUUUGACUUAGGUUCAAAAAGCUUUGAGCGUUUCCCAGUCAAAGCACAGAGCUAUUGUGUCACGUACUUGAUGUUCUUUUUCUUUUCUAAAGACUUAAGUUUUUAUUUAUUUUUUUGAAAGGUUAGUUUUUCUGCAGACAAGUUGGGACUGGGAAGGAAAGGUGAGGAGAUUUUGUCAUAGUCUCUUUGUUCUGGUUGUCAGUGCUGAGUCCAAUGUUGUGACUGUUGGAAAAUGCUUUGCAUUUUUUAUUUAUUUAUGUUAAUGGCAUGGAACUGAAACUGUCAUUAAGGUCCAA